UAAUGUACUGUAAUAUCAGAAAGCGUGGGCUUCUCUGAAUUUUCCUCCCAACUUUAAAAUUAUUUUUGCCCCUCUUUCUCUCUCCUCCAUUGAAGCUCACUCCUGUGUCUCAGAGUUCUACCGUAGAAGCAUGAUCUGAGUUCUCCAUUGAAGACCCUUCUUAGUUUUCUCUGUUCCAUUGAAACAGCCUGAGGUAAUUUUAUUUUUAAUUGCUAUUGAUCAUUAGAUAUCAAUUUUACAAUCUAGGGUUUAUUGUUAAUCAAAUUGUCUGUAUAGUCAAUUCCGGGUUCUUGUGAGGUGAAAUAUUGAACUAUAGGUUAUAAUUACUGAUUUUAUAAAUGACUAUAACAAACAAUUUUGUUCAUUUCUUAUGUAGAGGAAUUUUAUGUGAUUUUGGAGCCCAAUUUGAUUAAUUUUGAAUUGCAUUCUUUUAUUCAUAUCCCUUCAAUGUUAGAUUAAGCUUAUUGUUAAGUUUGAUUUUUUUUAUUUUUAUUUUUACUUUUUUAUCAUUGAAACAUGGAAAUAAUUAAUUGUGUUAUUAAGAAUCAAUUCUUGUUGUUGGAAUUUUGUGUUAAAAAUACUUAAUGGAUCAAAAUAGCAGUGACACCCUUUUAUUAGAUGGGAAUUAGGUUGAUAAUGAAUUGCAGAAUUCUGUCUAUAACCCUUUAAUGUUAGAUUAAGUUUAUUACUUCGUAUAAGUUUGAUUCUUGUUUCAUUUUAUUGAAGCAGGGAAUUAAUUAAUUCAGGAUCAGGGGAUUAUGUGUUAAUAAUACUCCUAUAGUCCUAUGGAUUUGAGGUUGAAACCAUGUAGUACUACUACGUUACAGAAUGAUCGAAAUUGUGGUGACAUCCUUAUAUCAGAUAGGCUCACCAAUUUACCUGAUGAAUUAUUGAUUCGGAUACUGUCUUUGCUUCCCACCAAGGAUGCUGCUGUUACUAGCAUCUUGUCCAAGAGGAUGAGGUGUAUAUUCCCUUUGAUUACGAGCCUCGAAUUUGAUGAUUCACCUAUAUCUCAUUGUUCGGAUUUUCCCUUUGCGAUCCAACGUUUCCCCACUUUUGUCACCUUUGUUGACAGUGUUCUCUCUGCAUACAAGUCUCAGUAUCUUACCAGGUUUAAGCUUGGAGUAGGUGCAGACUUCACGGACACAUCUUGUACGGAUUGCAAGUUUAAUGGUCCAGAAGAGAAAGACUGUUGCCCGGACUUGAAAGCUACACAAGUUAAUGCGUGGAUCUCUUUUCCAUUAACCCGUUGUGGCCUCAGAGAGCUUGACCUUCGCAUUCAAGUGAAGCAACCUGGUGAUUGUCUGCUCCCCCUUGAGAUUUUCAACUGUGAAACUUUGGAGGUGUUGAAGCUCGAUGUUAACCUUAGUCUUGAUAAAACUUCAACUAUGUCAUCCUUUCAUCUUCCAAACUUGAAACUACUCCAAUUACGUGUGGCUUUCAUUUUCGAGGAAGCCUUUGUGACAAGGCUAGUUUCUGGUUGUCCUGUACUUGAAGACCUCAUUGUGGAUGUUUAUUGGAACCACGUCCAUUUCACAAAUAUCUCCUCCCCUUCUCUUCGGAGAUUAUGCUUAUUUGUGAAUAAACUUGAUUACGUAGACAAUACUGAUUGUGUGAUUAUUAAUACUCCAAAUUUGGAGUAUCUUGAAUACACCGAUAAUUUAGCUUUACAGUACUCUGUCCCAAAUAUGAAUUGCCUUGUUAAAGCAGAUGUCUACCUGGAAAAUCAAUUGUUAAGGGAAGAAUUUGAGGUUUCUUCUGUGCAAAUGCUUACCUUUAUAAGGCCCUUGUCUAAUGUUCAGCAUUUAACAUUGUCUGGUGCAUGCAUAGAGGUUUUAAGCUAUGUUGACGUAAAUGAUCAUCUGCCCGUUUUUAAUAACUUGAAGCGACUAGAGCUUUAUCAUUGUUGUAACUCUUGGGAUAAGUUGCUGCUAGCAUUUCUGAAUUGUUCUCCUGUCUUAGAAACACUUGUCUUUCCGACGGGAUUCGUAUCAUCUGGUGAUACUACAAGUAGUCGUUACAAUCAGGAUACAUGUGUGCUGGAACGAAGAUUUUGUGAAGAAGCUCUCUCAGUUGUUCCUUCAUGUUGCAGAAAUCAUCUUAAAAGAAUUGUGAUAAAGUAUUACUAUGGGAUUGAAAGGGAAUUAUGUUUGAUCCGAUUUCUGCUGAGAUAUGCGUUAGUUUUGGAGGACUUGGUCUUAUUCCGAAGAAAGUUUGCAAAAGCAGAUCGAAUGUUCCUAGAGAAUACAUUGCAGAAUCUACCAAGGGCCUCCGUCGCCUGUUCAAUUCAUGUGUUGAAUUGUAACUUGCCCAUGGUGAGGAGGACUUCCUAAUUAUACUUUUACUCGCUGUUUUAGAGAGGGGGGAAAAAUCAUGUGCUGACUAUAGAUUGAUGGCAGCAAUGUAUUGCCUAUGCCACCAACUGCAGUGAUACAUUUGUGAAAUUUUAAUGUGUUUUUUACGGCUCAAUCAUUCGAAUAACUCGUUUAGUACUUGUAUUCUACUUGUACUUCGUAAGUUCGUAUCUGCCUUGUGUUUAUGUUGUUUUAUAAAGUAUUCUUUCCGUUUUUAAA